AGUCUCUAUUGUGUGGCGCGAUAUUGCGAGCCAAAGGUGCGCUGUGUGUUUGUUUCUUUCCCACGGACGAUAGCGGUUCGUUAAAAUGAGUCAAGAAAAUCAAGUAACUCCUCCCCCAGUGAUGUGGGCGCAGAGAAGUUCAAUCCUUUACGUGACAAUUUGUCUGGAGGACUGCAAAGAUCCCACAAUAAAGAUCGAACCAGAGAAAAUAUACUUCAAGGGAACGGGUGGCACAGAGAGAAAGGACCACGAGGUGACGAUUAACUUGUACAAAGAGAUUGAUCCAGAUAAGACUGUGCAGAAUGCUAAAGGCAGACUCAUCGAGCUGAUACUUACGAAGAAGGAGGAGGGACCCUACUGGCCACGAUUGGUCAAGGAGAAUAAGAAGUAUCACUGGUUGAAGAGCGACUUCAACAAGUGGAAGGAUGAGGAUGACACUGAUAAUGAGAGCGAUGAGAACAACCCACGCGAUCUGGAAUCGGUCAUGAAGAACAUGGGCUACCUCGGAGGUGGUGGUGCUGGCGACGCAAGACCAAAUUUCGACGACCUCGACGACAUGGCUGAUGAAGCAGACGCUGCAGACAGUGAUGACGACGAGAUGCCUGAUCUCGAGUGAAUGAGAAACCCCCCACAGACCAAAUCGAUAAAUAAAAUUAACAAAAAAAAUCAUAAUGAAACGUUUUAAAUCCUCUUAAAAACGUGUUCCAACCUUUUCAAUAACAAAACAAAGAAAAAAAUGAAGAAAAAAAAUUGUGCACACCGUGAAAUGCGUGAUUCUUAAGUUAGGCCUCGAUGAACAUUUUAAAAUAAAGUUAAUGCCUGGGAUAUUAACGAUAUCACGAGGGUUUUCCGUAAAAAAAUGUAACUGACAACCUAAGUGACAUGUGCCAGCGGCCAGUCCGUUAGACAAAUGAUAACGACGUAACUUAAGAUAAUAAAACGAAGGAAAAAAAAUGGACGAAUAAUUAAUAGAAUCGAUGAAAAUCCAAUUCCCUGACCCACUCAUCCCAUUAUCAUUACAUGUAGAUUCAUAAUUAAUUAAGAUUUAUUAAAUUGUAA